AUGGAAGCAGCGACGCCGGCGAAGAAGAAGACGAAGAAUAAGAGGAAGAAGGAGGAGAGCACGGUAAGGAAAGGGACAUGGAAAGCAGAGGAAGACCAAGUGCUGAUCAAGCACGUGGAGAAGUACGGACCCCGCGAGUGGAGCUCCAUUCGAUCCAAAGGCCUAUUGCAGCGCACCGGCAAAUCCUGCCGCCUCCGCUGGGUCAACAAGCUGCAACCCAAUCUCAAAACAGGAUGCAAGUUUACAGAGGAGGAAGCGAGGGUGGUGAUCGAGUUGCAGGCCCGCUACGGCAACCGAUGGGCCAAGAUUGCCACCCAUUUGACCGGCAGAACUGAUAACGACGUCAAGAAUUUCUGGAGCAGCCGCCAGAAGCGCCUCGCCAGGAUCCUCCGCACCACUUCUGCGGCGCCGGCGUGUUCUUCUUCCUCCCGCAAGAGGAACUCCCCUGCCUCUGCCUGUGGAAAUCUGAUUUCCCUCCCUGAGGCACCAAGAUUGAGACCGUCAAUGGAGGAAGAGACACCGGUCAAAACGGUGCCGUUGUGCGAUCCGAAAAGUGAAGCAGGGGAAGAGGUGGUGGGCCCGUCGUUGAAAGUGGAGCCAGUGGAGAUAUCUGAAGCGGCGAUUUCCUUCCCGGAGAUGAAAGCUGAGCCGCUAGGGGCAGAGGACUUCAUCGCGUUCUCGCCGGAGAGCCAGGAGAUAUUGGCCGGACUGGGAGUUGGAGUGGGAGACAACCCUUUUCACCUCUUCGAUAUAUUUGGAUCGGCGGGAGAUGGGGGUAAUAAUCUGAUUGCUCAUCCUCAUCAUCAGCUCUUGGACCCGUCCUGCAGCAAGCUGCCGGGAGCUGGCGGCGGCCAUGUGAAUGCUAUUAAUAAUCGGGGUGGUGGAGGAUUUAAUGAUGUCGGCGGUGAAGAGGAUGAAGACUACUUACCUACUAAUUAUGUGUUUGAUGAUAUUGAUGAUCUUCCUAGCCCUUCCAAGUGGUGA